ACAUCCAGUCAGCCUAACUAUUGACCCCAGUGGCCCUAUUCCAACCCUACCCGCUUGUGCCCACUAACCCACAUUGCUUUUUGAAUUGACAGUGCAGCGAAAUUUGAGUGUUUGUGGGAUCUGUAAAUCGCUGCACCUCCUGCUGCUUUCCUUUUUGUUGUUUUGUUCUGAGAGGGAGAAUGUCCGAAACCGCUGACAUAGGUGCAGGGCAGGUGGAGGUAGUGGUUAAGGAUGAGGCCCAAGCCUCACCCUCAACUCCACCUCCCCCUCCUCUGACCCCUGCGCAGCGGCGCAAGAAGGAGAUCCAAGAGAAACUGCGAGAGCAACAGACGCUGCUCGCAGAGGCAGAGAGACAAGAGGCUCAAGAGCUGGAAGCUGCAACAGAUGCUUCCAGAAAAGAGCAUCUGCUGCAGCAGGCUCAGAAGACUUUUGGGGAUGCUAGAGUGGCCCAGUGUACCAGAGACCUGGCUGAGCUGGUACUUUUGCAAGACAAGCUUACAACCAGCCAUUUCACAAACUGGGACGAAAGGAUCCAGAGGCUAGAGACUAGAGUGGCUGAUCUGGAAAUUCAGCAGUCUAAGAUCCUGGAUGCUAUCCAGAAUCUGAUUGCCCAGUUAACAGCAGCCAACGUCAUCAAUGAUUUGUUGAUUAACUUUUGCAGGGCUGUGCCUGAAAAGUUUUGUGUUGCUUUGUACAACACUGGUCAUAAAGACUGGAGAUCUUUCGGACGCGCAGCACUGGACAUGGAAGCCAAGCUUCAUGUUCAGGCCCCCUCCAGUGACAGGAGGAGAGGCGCCUUCCCUCGCGGUGGUAGAAAGGGAAAGGCGGCCUUUGCAUACGCGGGCUCUGGGUCAGCCUCUGAGACAGGAUCCCAACCUGCUGCAGCAGCUUCAGUUGAGACUCAUUCCUUCCCAUACAGUGUGGGAACUACACGGGGAACAUCCUUUACAUAUGAGGAUCCUGACCCGGAUCAGGAACCGGACCAGUCUGAGUCUCAGGCUCUUGCUGCUUUUUUCUUUCAUAUGAAAGAACAAAAGCAGAACAAGUCUGACCUCAUACUUCUUCGGCCCCUGAUCAACCAUAGCAGGAUCAAGGGGUUAUUAGACUGUGGAGCCACCCGAAACUUCAUGUCUCCUAGUGCAGUCAAAAAAACGCACCUGGGCAUGAAAGUGGUGCAACUGCAGCAACCGCUGCAGGUCAGGAUAGGGGACUCCACUGUUCUGACUAUCAGGGAGAAGGUCAGGGGUAUCCCUGUUACCUUCGACAGCGCUGGAGAAGUCAGACACAGUCUAAACUUCUACAUCUUCCCUGACCUCCCUUUUGAUCUUGUCUUCUCCAUGCAGUGGCUGAGAGCAGUCAACCCAAGGAUCGACUGGCAGAUCCCCAAGGUUGAGCUGCCAAACGGCAAGGGGGUGUAUCAGCCUUGUAUGAUUGCAGCUGAUCACCACCCUAAGACAUCCUGCUUCUGCUUGAGAGCGAGAGAGUCUUAUGCUCUCUCACGCCAGUAUGACCAUGAGCGUCUGUUUAUAGCUCUGGUCAAGCAGACAGACGAUCCCAUUACUCCCUGUCCUCCUGAGAUACAGCAGGUUGUGGACCAGUACGCUGAUCUGAUGCAGGAGCCCUUUGGGUUACCCAACCGGCCAACCAAGCAUCACAUUGAGCUGCUGCCUGCAGCGGUCCCUCCCAAGGGCCGCAUCUACAGGAUGUCACCUGCUGAGCUUGAGGAACUCAGGCGACAGCUUGAGACCCUGACCAGCAAAUGUUGGAUCAGACCCAGCACUUCUGAAUUCGGUGCUCCAGUCCUCUUUGUUCCAAAGGGGAGUGGUGAGUUCAGAAUGUGCAUAGACGAUAGGGGUCUCAACAAGAUCACUAGGAAGAGCACAGAGCCACUUCCUAGGAUCGAUGACCUUCUGGAUAUGGUCCAGGGCUGCACCAUUUUCAGCAAAGUCGACCUCAAAUCUGGCUAUCACCAGAUUGAGAUGGCAGAGCAGGACGUCCAUAAGACGGCCUUCAAAACCAGGUAUGGUACUUAUAAGUACCUGGUGAUGCCAUUUGGACUUUGCAAUGCACCUGGCACAUUCCAGACUGAGAUGCACCGCACAUUCAGGCCGUACCUGGACAAGUUUAUGGUUGUCUACCUGGAUGAUAUCCUGGUAUUCAGCAAAACUACCAGGGAACAUGCGGAGCACCUGGCUCUAGUUCUUCAGUCGUUACGUGACAGCCAGUACAAGAUCAACAAAGAGAAGUCCUCUUUUGGAGUUCCCUCUGUGAUCUAUCUAGGUCAUGUAAUCUCUGGAGAUGGACUGGCCCCUGAAGCAGCCAAAGUUGCUGCUAUUCAGGAUCAGCCCCAGACAGUGAGAGAUGUCCGGUCUUUCUUGGGUCUGGCCUCCUACUACAGGAAGUUCGUCAAGAACUUUUCUGCAGUGGCUGCACCCCUGACUAACCUCACAAAGAAAGACACUCCCUUCCUUUGGUCCCUUCACUGUCAGAUGGCCUUUGCACGACUCAAACAGGCCUUGACUCGUGCCCCUGUUCUGAAGUUGCCUGACCCCACUUUGCCUUUUGUGCUGACUACUGAUGCUCGCCAGUAUGGCAUUGGGGCAGUCCUUCAGCAGGAUGAUGGAAAUGGUCUGAGACCUGUAGAGUUCAUGAGUAAGAAGAUCAAGACUCAGAAGCUUCAGGACUCUACCUACGAGAAAGAGCUUUAUGCUCUUGUCAGUGCCCUGAAACAGUGGAAACACUUUCUCCUGGGCAGGCACUUCAAGAUCUUUUCUGAUCAUUCCACUUUGCAGUGGUUGAAGUCCCAGGGAGAGUUGAAUGAUAAGUUGGCACAUCUGCUGUAUACUUACAGCAGAGGAGAGGAGCGCUUGUGCAUCCUUGAGGAUCAGCAGAUGCGGACACUGCUGAUGUCAAAGUGCCACGAUGCGUGUGGAUACUUUGGGUUCCUAAAGUCGUAUACAGCCCUGUCGCAACGCUUCUUCUGGAAGGAGAUGCGGAGUGAUAUGCUGCGCUAUGUGGACACCUGUGAGCUCUGCCAAACGAACAAGGUUCAGCGUAAACCUCCUUUGGGAUUGCUCAAACCUUUGCCCAUACCUGAUGGUCCUGCCCAGUCUGUAUCCAUUGACUUUACAGACUUAGGCAAGACUAGCCCUAGUGGCAUGCGUCAGGUAAUGGUCUGCGUGGACAGGUUUUCCAAAUACGCAGAGUUCAUCCCCUUGCCAGAGGUAGCCAGGGUACCGGUUGUGAGAGCAGCCUUUUCUGAGAGGUGGGUCACGCACCAUGGACCGCCCACCUCCAUUGUUAGUGAUCGAGACCCCAGAUUCUGCAGCGAUGAGUGGCAGUCCUACUGCAAGGACUAUCUGCACUCACGCCUGCACAUGACUCCUGGUCGUCAUCCUGAAGCCAAUGGAUCGGCUGAAGUGAUGAACCAAGUCCUGUUCCAGUUGCUACGUCCUGUGAUCUCUCCACAUCAGCAGGACUGGGAUCUCCACUUGGCGAGGGCACAGCUCAUGUAUAACAUGUUUGUCCACUCUUCGACAGGGUUCAGUCCCUACCGGCUACAUUGGGGACGUGAGCCACGACAGCCUCUCGAUGACAUCAUCGACAAGGCUAAGCCUGACCUUACCCCAGGCACUGUUGAGUUCGCUAAACGCUAUCGUUUGGAUGUGGAAAGAGCCCGGGCGAACUUGUUCAAGGCCCAAAAGGCCAUGAUUGAACAAGCUAACCGCCACAGGCGGCCUUCCCUCAUCCGUACUGGUGACUAUGUCUGGGUGGCCAGUUCUGAGUUGUCGAGAGAGGAGGAUAUUUCUCCCAAGCUGUUGCCUCGCUACCUGGGUCCGUGGCAGGUUCUAGAUACAGUGGGCGCUGAUCCCUCCGGUCCGUCGUACGUUAUCGACGUUCCGCUGCAUCUACGAACCUAUCCGGUCUUUCAUGCAUCUAAGCUGCUGCCUUUUACGCCAACUGAUGCAUUUCCUGACCGGCCCCCUCAAUGGGGCCCACCAAUCCCUGGCAAGGGAUAUGAUGUGGUGGCCAUUGAGGAUGAGUGGGGCACUGGCCCCGACCGGCAGUAUCUUGUCAGGUUUGCGUUCCAGCCCCCUUCUGAGAACCGAUGGUUCUACAGGAGAGACCUGAUCAAGACAGCAAAGUCUGUUGUACUGCGUUAUGAGGCGGCCCAGAAGGGUGACCUUCGUCGUUCGCCUCGUCUGCACCCCUAGCUCGGAGGUCCUCGCUCCCGGGGAGGGUGGACUGUGUCUCUUCCUCCCCUUUCUCUCAUGCAUGUAUGGGCGUGUGUGAGUGUUUCUGUGUGUGAGUGGCAACGAAACUGUCAAACAACCAAGUUCAUAACAGACAGCUGGUAACAUCAGGCGCGAAAGG